AUGGACAGCUCACAAGAUGAAGUCAAUUGGUUUGGAGAAGGAUUUGGCGGAUACCCGAGACGACUUCCUGAGGAUUGCGUAGAAUACACCCUUUUCCUCGCGGAUUUCGAAGACAAAAGCCUGGGACAAGUCCGGUCAAGUUUACAAGCUAUUCAACGAGCAGCCACGGAGCUUCAAAAACGAUUGUUGAAAGGAUACAUCUGGCAAAGAGACGGGUUCACGCUAAAGUAUUAUCAUGAGCUUGGCCGAUCUUUUCUUAAGGGAAGGACAAAUUUCGGAGAUUCCGUUGAAGAUGAAUGGCUUAUCGUUUACAUCCUUCGAGAAUUGAGCAAGGAAUUUCCUUCUUUGCUGGUUCGAAUGACUGAUUCUGACGGGGAAUUCCUUUUGAUUGAGGCUGCUAAUGCUCUCCCCGAUUGGCUUAACCCGGAAAAUGCAGAUAAUAGGGUUUGGUUGCGUAACGGGAAGAUUUAUAUUAUUCCCCUAGAAAGCCCGUCGCAGAAAGCCGAGGAAGGUCCUUCAUUUCCUGCGCAGUUGUCCUUCGAAAAAGCUCUUGAUAUAGUCCAAAAAAGAAAGCAGGAACUUUAUUAUUCGGCAUCUCUUGAAGAAGAAGCCUUCUAUCGACUUCGAAACUAUCCAGAUCAGAUAUCAAAUAAUUUUCACAGCGCUCGCAUUCUUGUUCCCCGAAAUUUAGCCUAUAUCCUCCACGAAAGGCCCGCACUUAUCAGUCCCGCGGUCGAAGCCUUUUAUCUCCGAGACCCAAUUUCUCUCCGUCCGCUGCAGGCAGAAGACGACGGGGACCUCAUCUUUCGUCCAAGGGAUUUGGUUACGAUUAGUACGAAAUUUACCAAAGUAGGGUUUGCACAGGUCAAAAGCCAGCACUUUCCCGCGCCUGCUACAUGGGUAGACGCCAUGCCAGUAAAUGACGAUUCGAGAUCUGCCAGUCAUGCUGAAAUCGGCAUGAAAAUUAGCUCCGGAUUUGAAAUGCUUUUGAGAGAUACUCUUAAUCAGGAUAAAACGUCUGUUCGGGAAAUCAAAUUGCUACUAGAGGAACUGAGUGCUGGAGAAGAUGUUCUCCCUUCAGAUAGAGAGAUAUCCACUUGGGACGACAGGGAAGAUGACGAGGACUGGUUAGACAUCGAUUUUCGAGAUUUUGAGGAGGAGCUUGCGGGGAAAAGCACAACCAAAGACGAAGAAAAUCCUGAUGCUCAUGCAACUUCAGGGAACGGCUUCGGAGACAAAACAGCACAAGAGAAUCUACGAAAAAUGGUAGAGCGGUUCGAAAAUUUUCUGAACGACGAUAAAGCUGGUGCUGAAGGAGCCCAGAUGCCGGACGACAUGGAUUUUGACGAUGAUGACGAUGAUGAAAGUGACAUUGGCAGCGGAGGAGAAGAUAAAGAGCUGUCUUUCAAUGAGGAGGAGUUCUCCCGGAUGAUGCGUGAGAUGAUGGGCAUGCCACCAGAUUCCCAUAUGGCCAAGAACAAAAGCGAACCCCUUUCGCACAAGCAGUCUUCACCCACAGGAGAGGAAGCUCUUCCAACCAUCCAGCAGCAGGACGAGCAUCGGCAAAUCCAAGAGAUAAUGGAUGGUAUGGAAGCUGAGCUCAGGGAAGCGGGCGCUUUAGAACUUGAUUCCGCCCCAAAGUCAAACAAUGCCCGACGCAGCUUAAAGUCUGAGAAAGAACAAAAGAAUGGCGACAAGAGGCACCUAGAUCAAAAGCUCCAAGAAGAGCUAAAUGAAGACGAAAUAGACGAAGAAGAUGAAGGGGUAAAUAUCGAUUACAACCUCGCGAAGAAUUUAUUGGAGAGCUUCAAGAGCCAGGCUGGACUUGCAGGUCCUGGAGGAAAUAUUCUCGGACUAAUGGGCCUCCAGCUGCCAAGGGAUGAAGACGAGGAUCCAUCUGCCUCCAAGAACAAAAUAACCUGA